AUGUCGUCCCUCGCGUCGCAUUUCGCACUGUCGGCCCAAUCGCUUCCCGCCAUUCCUUCCGACUGCUUCCGCCCGAGGCAAGGCUCGAGUAACGGCGCGCGCUGCCAAUCGUCCCAGCUCGCAGUCACCGCCGCCCAGACUCGCCCGCUCGCGCCGUCGCUCCCGCCGCAGUCAACCUCCCGUUACAGUCACUCCCGCCGCGCGGACAUCGCGGCUCCUCCGCGCGUCAUGGCGGCGUACGCGGAAAGUGCGGCGGACGGCACGCCACGAUUGCCGAAUUCGUUUCAUGAAAUCACGAGCGAGCAGGAGCUGGAUUGGGUCCUCAAGGACGCCGCGGAUUGCGGCGACCUCGUUCUUAUCGACUGGAUGGCGCAGUGGUGCCGCAAGUGCAUCUACUUAAAGCCCAAGAUCGAGAAGCUCGUACCCGAGUACCCCAAGUCAGUGACCCCGACCGCCCUUUCAGUUCCGCCCUUUCGGUCUGGUGGAGAUGGGGCAGAGGGGGAGAGUGACGGUGGGCGCUUGUUGCUCUUUGUGUGCUGGAAUAAGUAG